GCCGAGUCGCUGCCAGAUCUACACGACGACCCAAGUCCGAGCUUCGGUGACGCCCUUUGCUUGGCUCUCCUCAUCUCCCUCUCCGCCCUCUCAUGCAUUCCGCUGGAAACGCCCGCAUUCAUCUUUCGGCCAGACAAGCGGACAAGUGACAGUCAUCGCUGAUCGCGUAUAGCUCCGGACCUGUCUCCGCUCAUUAGCACAGGAAUGAACUGUCAAGCAGGCGCAGGCCACAGGCUGGAAGCUGGUGGAAGAAGAAGAGAGCGCGCGAAGAGGCGUCGGCCAUCAGCGACGCCUCCUCCGCCCCACCCCCCUGAGGCCACAAAAAAUAGAGUACAUGUUACGACAUGUCCGUUCCAAAAAUCAUCCAUAACCCACACAGGGUUUGGCUUGGCUCAUGGCCCGUCGUCGUUUAGCUGCUCGCUGCUAGCUUGCCUGGAUGCCAGCAGCGUCUUGAGCAGACGCGAUCGCCGUCACGGUCACGGGACGCGACGCUGCGAUGGUUUCGGAGGCAGAACGUCCCUUUGCGACGACUGGCGAUUGCGACUCGGCACCGCCUCCAGGCUCGAGGCAAUUAACACUUGUCCCACAGACGCGGCCAGACGGCAACACCUGUAUGCGAUGCACUUGAGCACGCUCCCCUUGGCUGCCGGCAUGCCAUAUGCAUCAGCUGACGGCCCGUGCCGCUGUGCGCCGUUCCGCGUACGCCGUCACGAGAGAUUACGCCAGGGAGCACCUAGCGAGCACAGCAUUCCAGCAGGCACGGAACGUUGCUUAUCCGCGGUGCGGGGUGAUUCUAGCAGCAAGAAAUCAUAACGAAUGGCUGUACGGCCGACAGCCGCCCCAUGCAAUUCUGCAAGAGGCGCUUGAGCACGCUCUCGUCGCUCUUGCGCGCACCGCCUGCUGUCGCUGGCGUUGCUGGCGUAGCUGGCGUUGCUGGCGUUGCUGGCGUUGCUGGCGUUGCUGGCGUCGCUGGCGCCUCUGGCCUC